CCCCUGUCGCCUGGCCCAGACCCCGCAGUAGACUCCGCAGAAGACCCCAGUUCCGGAUCUGGAUCACUGGUCGUGCUGUUUGGGGCCACUGCGGGUGCACUGGGGCCGGACUUGGGCUCUGAUGAGACCGACUUAAUCCUUAUAGUAUGGCAAGUGGUGGAGCCGCGGAGCCGUCAGGUUGGGACGCUGCACAAGUCUUUAAUUCGAGCCGAGGCAACUGCACUGAGUCCACAGUGCCGCGAGGCGAGCGGGCUGAGCGCGGACAGCCUGGCGCGGGCCGAGUCACUGGACAAGGUGCUGCAGCAGUUCUUACAGCUGGUGAACAGGGAUGUGGCUCUCCUGGGUGGGGGCCCUUAUGUGCUCUGCACUGAUGGGCAGCAGCUGUUGCGACAGGUUCUGCACCCUGAGGCCUCAAGGAAGAACUUGGUGCUCCCCGACACUUUCUUCUCCUUCUACGACCUCCGCAGAGAGUUCCACUUGCAGCACCCAACUGCCUGCUCUGCCAGGGACCUCACAGUGGCCACCAUGGCACAGGAUUUGGGACUAGAGACAGAUGCCACAGAGGACGACUUUGGGGUCUGGGAAGUAAAGACAAUGGUGGCCAUCAUCCUCCACCUGCUUGAAAGGCCCAGUGGUCAAUUGUUUUCAAAGCCCCAGGUGGUAAAGCAGAAGUAUGAGACGGGACCUUGCAGCAAGGCUGAUGUGGUAGACAGUGAGACUGUGGUACGUGCCCGUGGAUUGCCCUGGCAGUCAUCAGACCAGGAUGUGGCUCGAUUCUUCAAAGGGCUCAACAUUGCCAGGGGUGGUGUAGCACUCUGCCUCAACGCCCAGGGCCGCAGAAAUGGUGAGGCCCUCAUCCGUUUUGUGGACAGCGAGCAGCGGGACCUAGCACUGCAGAGACACAAGCACCACAUGGGCAUCCGUUAUAUUGAGGUAUAUAAAGCAACAGGGGAGGAGUUUGUGAAGAUUGCAGGGGGAACAUCAUUAGAGGUGGCUCGUUUCCUUUCACGGGAAGACCAAGUGAUUCUGAGGCUUCGAGGACUGCCCUUCUCAGCUGGGCCAACAGAUGUACUAGGUUUCCUGGGGCCAGAGUGCCCAGUGACUGGGGGAGCUGAUGGAUUGCUCUUUGUACGCCAUCCUGAUGGGAGACCAACUGGUGAUGCUUUUGCCCUCUUCGCCUGUGAGGAGCUGGCACAGGCUGCACUGCGCAGGCACAAGGGCAUGCUUGGUAAGCGAUAUAUUGAACUCUUCAGGAGCACUGCAGCUGAAGUGCAGCAGGUUCUGAACCGCUAUGCAUCUAGCCCACUCCUUCCCACAUUGACUGCUCCACUGCUACCCAUCCCAUUCCCACUGGCAGCUGGGCCUGGGAGGGAUUGUGUACGCCUUCGAGGCCUACCCUACACGGCCACCAUUGAAGAUAUUCUGAACUUUCUGGGGGAGGCAGCAGCUGACAUUCGGCCCCAUGGUGUACACAUGGUACUCAACCAGCAGGGCCGGCCAUCUGGUGAUGCCUUCAUUCAGAUGAUGUCAGCAGAGCGGGCCCUAGCUGCUGCUCAGCGUUGCCACAAGAAGGUGAUGAAGGAACGCUAUGUAGAGGUGGUCCCCUGCUCCACAGAGGAGAUGAGCCGUGUCCUGAUGGGUGGCACCUUGGGCCGCAGUGGCAUGUCCCCUCCACCCUGCAAACUGCCCUGCCUCUCACCACCCACCUACGCCACCUUCCAGACGACCCCAACCCUUAUUCCCACGGAGACAGCAGCUCUGUAUCCCUCUUCAGCAUUGCUCCCAGCUGCUAGGGUGCCUGCUGCCCCUACCCCUGUUGCCUACUACCCAGGGCCAGCCACUCAACUCUACAUGAACUACACAGCCUACUAUCCCAGCCCUCCAGUCUCUCCAACCACUGUGGGCUACCUCGCCACACCCCCUGCUGCCCUGGCUUCUACUUCCACCUCAGUAUUGUCCCAGCCAGGAGCCCUGGUGCGCAUGCAGGGUAUCCCAUACACAACUGGUAUGAAGGAUCUGCUCAGUGUCUUCCAGGCCUACCAGCUAGCCCCUGAUGACUACGCCACUCUGAUGCCUGUUGGUGAUCCACCUCGCCCUGUAUUACAACCCAAGGAGUGGGUGUGCUUGUAGAUGAGAAAGCCAGGAAAUAAGCUGAUAUCUACUCUCAGCUAACAUGCCUCUCCUGUGCCAAGAGCACUCUCAAUCCACUGGCUUCUUUCUGGCUUGUCAAAGCUCUCAGAAGGCACACAGAGAAGACCAAGUCCAGUUCCACCCUUACUUCUCUGCCUGUUCACCCCAAAGAUGAUGGCUAUCUUGCAACCAGGGCUUGGGGUAUGGAGACCUGGAGGGAUGAUGAGCAUCUUGAAUGGCACCUGGAGAUCGGAGAGCAUUUGGUCUAUUCUGCCUUGGACUAUGUCCUCAGAUAUCAUGGGGCUCAUAGGCACACUGCAGGCUUGCUUUUCUUUUUAAAAUGUAAACCCUGGUUCCCUCAAUGUGUGACUCCUGGGAGAAUCAAAGGGUCCAUCCAUCUGAGCCUUUAAAUAGAGGUCCCAGUGCUCUACAAUCCCUGUUAUUCCUGUGGCAGGUAGAGAGGUGCAGAGAAAUAGCUCCUGUCCUCAGGACACUUAAACCUCAGAGACAACAUUGUGCCAGGGGUGUCUCCACACAAGGUUAAUAGCCAGCUGGGCACAAAUAUCAGAUGGCAAAACCACAAACUCUUAUGUGCUGCAGCAUCCCUUGAAAACACUAGGGGGCAGAGGGCCCCCACACAAAAACUCAGGCUUAAAUUUUAAAGGGGACUCUGAACUUUCCCAUACCCAGCAAACACCAUGGAAUGUCCUUUGCACCCAUUAAAGGGUGCAGAACUGAAGCCUCAAAAGAAAUUUAGAAUUAUCUUUGUAAAAAUCAGCGAAAGUUGCUAACCAAGUGGACUUUCUAAAAGUCACAGUGCCCUUAAUUUUGGCCUCAGUGAAGAGUUCCAACCAGCCUCAAGCGGAGAAAAACUCAAGACAGAUUUUCAAAGAGACUUUUGAUCUGUCACCAUUUAUUAUUUUAGCACUACAACUAAGGAGAAGCCUGAAAUGUUGGCUUUUCUUCCCUUUGUAUUUGUGUUAAGGAGCACUGCACUCCUAUAAAACGUUUUAAAAUAUAAACUGUACAAGAAAACACGA